CAUUUGUCAACACGAACAAAGAUGGAGGAUAGGGUUCAGCUUUGCGACACCUCUACUUACUGGAUUUCUGAUAUCUCAUUGUAUUAAUAUUUUCAAUACUAUUAACAUCGUAGGCAAUGAUUCGCCGUAAGUGUUUCAACAAAAGUCCCUUUUUAGAAAAGGUUGCUAUCUUAGCAUCCAUUGUUGUCUUUAUGUCUCAUGUUUCCACAAGCAAGGGUUUCCUUACUUUCAGCGAGUAUGCUCUGAACUGUUCACAGUUUUGUUCUUGCCGUGAACAAAGCAUCGACACGCUGAUGAGAGAAUAUUUUCAGAAACAUAGUGAGCUAAUGGGUGAGAAGUAUAGGCCUAUAUUUGAUCAGGACGCCUCAUCUGACUAUGUUGACUUUUUAGGAAUGGCCCUUACAGUGCUCAAUAAAAUUGUGGAAGUCACUUGCAUUGUUGGUGACGGGAAACCCCAUAAAGUUUCUUCACUCCUCAACGGUAUUGACAGUUACAGGUAUACCGCACUGGAGGUGAAAUGCCGUCUUAAUGAAGAAUUAAUUUGGGAUGUACCGACUUGGCAAAUUUCUGUCAACAUAUUUGCCAGUGAAAAUUGUCGUCUUCUUCCAACUGACUCAUCAAGAGGCAUAGAAAUACCCAUGAAUCUGUGGAUCAUGGAAGUCUAUGGAGGAGGGGAUAGUCUUUUCGAAGAGCUGGAUAUAAAGUAUACCAUGAAUACGGUUGCUUUCCUGUUGGCUGAAACUGGAUCCACCUCCAUACCCAAAUCAUGGGAGGGGAAAUUCAUGCUUUCUGCUAGCACCAUCUGCCUGCAUAAUAAUAAUCUGAAAGUAUUUGAAUGCCCGAUUCUGUUCGCAAAGCAUCUAGAUACUCUGAAUUUGGGUGGAAAUGAACUUACUCGAUUUCCCGAAUGCAUACUGAAUACAGAUAUCAUGAGUGUUACACAUCUUUCUCUAGCUCACAACCUUGUCUCUGACUUAACUGCCCUGUACGAGGUCCAAGAAAGUGGAAAGAGUCCAGGCAUUGCUAUCAUUGACCUGAGUCAUAAUGAAAUCAGAAGCAUAGAAACUUUCAGAGACAUGCCUCUACUCACAACCCUUGACCUCAGCCAUAACUUUAUCAAGGAAGUCAACGAUGAUGCCCUUCUACUCCUGAAAAACUUAGAGUGGCUCUCCUUAGCGCAUAACCGCAUACACACGUUAGGAAAUUACGCCUUUGAAAAGAAUAUAGCUUUGUUCACUGUAGAUCUAAGCCACAAUGCGAUAGUAACUGUGACACCAUCGCAGUUUCCCCCCAAACGGUCUCCGAUGGACCUUAACCUUCGGCGUAACAAACUCCGCCACCCACCUUUCCAUGACUGCGCUAACAAAAAGUUGUUAACCAUGAAUAUUAGGAUGCUUGCUUCCGGUAACCCCUUUCACUGUGACUGCAAGGCGCUUGCCUUUGAGAAGUGCAUUAGAUGGAUAGAGAGCGCAGAAGGAAACAGAUCCAUGGCGGAGAGUGUUUUUAUGGACUUUAAGUUUCUGCAGUGCAACAGCCCGAAGAGCAUCAGAGGUCGAGGGUAUGCAGAGUUAUCGUUUCACACCUCGUGUAUUCAGGAAGACGACUGCCCGCCUGGGUGUGCGUGCACCGUAAUGAAAACAACAACACUGCUGGUGAAUUGCUCAGGCAACCACCUCAUGGAAAUGCCAGACGCGAUCCCGACUCAACCGAACAACUCGAUCGUGCUUUAUCUCGACCACAAUCCACUACAAAUGCUCUGCUACCGCUCCUAUCUCCGAUUGCUCUCGGAGCUGCACAUGCACAACUGCCUGUUGACCACUGUGACCCCGGCCGCCAUUGCUGCCCUUCAGAACGUGCGUGUGCUCACUCUCCACAACAACCUGCUGCAGAAGCUGCCGUCCAGCACGCGCAACAUCACGCUGAACCGCGCCAACAACGUGACUCUACACAACAACCGCUGGGCGUGCUCGUGCGACAACCUGUGGCUGCCCCGCUGGAUCACGCGGCACCGCUCCGUGCUCUGGACUCCCGGCAGAAUUGUCUGCAGCUAUCUGCGCAAACCCGUGGAGGAGUUCUCCGACAUGGACAUCAACUGUUCCAACUCCUCCUACUUGGACGUGGUGCUGGCUGCUUGCCUCGGGAUUUCCUCCAUCGUUUCAACGCUCGUCAUCGUUUUCUACUACCGCACCGAGAUCAAUCAGCUCAUUUACUCCAAGCUCGGCCUGCGAUUCUGCAACACGUUCAACUAUGGUGACGUGUUCAGUCCUUACGACGCUUUUGUCUCCUACAGUCAAGACAACUAUAAGUGGAUUGUGGACACGCUGGUUCCCCGUCUAGAGGGCGGGGAGAAGAAGUAUCGGCUGUGUCUCCACUUCCGGGACUUCCCAGGCGGGGAAGCUGUGGUGGACAACAUUCCAUGGGCCAUCCGUCUCAGCCGCUGCUCCAUUCUGGUUCUGAGCCGAGACUUCCUAGCCAAAGAGUGGUGCAUCCUUGAAUUACGUGCAGCAUUCCAGCGUCUGCUCCUGAUGGCCAACCGCCUGAUAGUCAUCGCCACCGAGGACAUCCAGAUGGAUGAACUGACACCAGACCUGCGCGCCUACAUCAGUGCCCACGAGUACCUCCGUGUCGGGGAACCCAACUUCUGGGACAAGCUGGAGCUGUUCCUGCCCCCACCACGCUACUGCCGCAACAAUG